AUGUCUAAUACAGCUACAUUGACAGAAUUGGCUGUCCUUCAAACGUUGGAACAAGCAGGGAACCCACAACAAGCAGGUUCUCAAGUACAGAAAUCUGCUGAACAACAAUUAAAACAAUGGGAAAUUCAACCUGGAUACCACUACUAUUUACAGUCUAUUUAUUUAGAUCUCUCUAAUACACUACAAUCAAGAUGGUUAGCAGCCAUCCAAUUUAAAAAUGGGGUCGACAGAUAUUGGAGAUCAUCAAGAGUCCACGCUAUUAAUAAAGACGAAAAGGCUUCUAUAAGAGCAAGAUUGUUCGAACUCAUUGACGAACAAAAUAACCAGCUAGGUAUACAAUACGCCCAAGCAAUUGCUAAGAUUGCUCGUUUGGAUUUCCCAGCAGAAUGGCCUGAUUUGUUCGAACACUUAGAAUCUUUAUUAAGUGACCAUAACGUAAGAUGUAAUAACGUUAAAGUGUAUAAUAUGUUGAUGUAUAUUAACCAAAUUAUUAAAGUGUUAGGUACGGCAAGAAUUGGUAGAUGUAAACCAGCUAUGCAAAGUAAAGUUCCAUUAAUCUUCCCCUUAAUUGUUAGAAUUUAUCUAGAAUCAUUUGAUGAUUGGACUAAAUCAAAAAGUUUAAGCGAUGACGAUUUAUCUAAAUUACAAGUUUCAUAUCUGUCGUUGAAAGUCUUGAGAAGAAUAGUUUGUGAAGGUUAUGAACGUCCUCAAAAAGAUGAAUCUGUUUGUGAAUUUAUGAAACUUUCCAUUACUCAUUUCGAAUUAUUAUUAGCCAACCAAGAAUUUUUCAAUAAAUUCGACCUUUAUGAAAAAUUUAUCAAAUGUUAUGGUAAAUUAUAUUAUAAUUUAGUCACUUCAAGCCCUGCAAAUUUCAUCCUAUUACCAUGCUCUACUUCAAUAUUGAUAGUUUACACUAAAUUACUUUUCGAAAAAGCCCAAAUUGUUUACCAAGAAAAUGUUGAUGUCACAGGUGACUUUUGGGAGCAUGCAGCAAUUAGAGGCUUCCUACUUUUGAAAAGAGUGAUCAAUUUCACAAAUAAAAAAGGCGUCAUUACUUUGAAAGUAAGAAGCGAUAAAGCUAGCAUUGAAUCAUCAAUAAUGAAAAUCAAUAAUGAAUUUCUUCAUGAAAAUUUAGUGAAGAAAUUAUUAGAUGUACUUAUGGAUUGGUAUUUAAAAUUAAGGCCUAGCGAAUUAGAAAGUUGGUUCUUAGAUCCAGAAGAAUGGAUUAAUGAACAAAUUGUAGCUAGUUAUGAAUAUCAAAUUAGACCAUGUGCUGAAAAUUUCUUCCAAGAUUUAAUUAACUCUUUCCCAGAAUUAUUGGUUCCAUACCUGUUGAACAAAAUUGAAAAUGAAGCUAACCAUUUGGGGGAUGAUUUGGAUGGAUUUUUGAAAAAAGAUGCCAUAUACGCAAGUUUCCAAUUAAGUGCCUCAGCGGUAAGUGAUAUGGUUGAUUUCGACAGGUUACUUGUUCAAGUUUUCUUACCAGAAGCUUCAAACAACAAUACACAACCUGAUCAGUUAAAGAUUAUAAGAAGGAGAGUGGCACUUAUCAUACACGAAUGGUCUACCGUAAAAUGUUCCGAACAAAGUAAAGCAUUAUGUUACGAAUUUUUUAAAAAUGUUCUAGCUUCUGAUGAGGAUAAAGUUGUUCAAUUAACAGUUGUACAAUCAUUAAGAACUAUGAUUGAUGAUUGGAAUUUUAAUAAAGAUGUAUUUGAACCUUUUUUGACUGAUAUAGUUACCGUAUUGCUACGAAAAAUAUUGCCCUCUGUAUCAUUAACAGAAACGAGAAUGUACGUUUUGAACACAUUAAGUGAUAUUAUUUCACAAACCAAACCAUUAAUCGAUCAAAAACUUUUAAUUGAAAUACUUCAAGUGGUACCAAAUCUUUGGGAACAUGCUGCAAAUAAUACAUCAGAAUCCAUCUUAGCGAACACAUUAUUAAGAUUAUUAAAAUAUUUGGCCAUAUCAUUAGGUCCACAUUCUUACUUGACAUGGGAUAUUGCUAUUCCAAUUAUUUCCGUUGCAUGUAAUCCAGAAUCUUCGCAUUAUCAACUCUUGAAUGAAGAUGGUUACGAACUAUGGGGUGCUCUUUUACAAAAUUAUUCACCAAAGGAACAAUCGUUUAAUACUACAUUCAUUGAUUUACUACCCUAUUUAGAAUUUGGAAUUGAAGCUCAUACUGAGAUUUUACCGACAUUAUUAGAAUUAAUCAGAAGUUACAUGUUAAUAUUGACACAAGAACAAAUCUUUGCAUGUGAAUCAUUUCAAAGAAUAUUCACAGAAAUUGCCAGAUUUUUACUGAAGUUAAGAGAAGAUUCAUUCGAAUUAAUCUUACAAAUCUGGGAGAUAUUAGUCCUUGCUAACGAAUCAGAUUAUGAAAAUGCACUAUUAACUAAUUUCUAUCAGGCAAAUAUUCUUUCAUCAUUAUUUGAUAGCGUUUUCAAAGAGGAACGAUUAUCGAAUUACCAAUGUGGUCAAAUUUUACAAAUUAUUGCAAGAAUAAGUUAUGCGAACCCUGAUGCAUUAUUAGAGUUUUUACAAAAUUAUCAUUCACAACUACCAACUAUGAAUGAGAAUUCUUUACUACCAAUUCAUGACAGAAGAUGUGUUUAUGGUGAUAUGACUUUUGAACAAGUUAUCCAACGGUUCAUUUCUAUUUGGAUAGUUUGUUUUAAAGAUAUUUAUGAUCCUAAAUUUAAAAAGGUUCAUAUUCUUGGGAUUUCAAGUUUAUUAAGAAGUAAAAUAUUAGUGGUGUUAACAGAAUUUGAAAAUAUUAUAAGUUUAUGGAUUGAUAUCUUGGAGGAAAUUAAUGAAACAAGUGAUGGUGAUUGUGAGAAAUAUCAUUUGAAUGAUAUUGUUACGGAACAAUCAAUGUCUUAUCAUCCAUUAACUUCGGAACAAUUAAGAGAACAUGAAUUGAGUAAAAAUAAUGAUCCUGUUCAUAACAUUAGUUUGAAAGAAUUUAUCGAACAAACUCUGAGAUUUUUAGAAGACUUUUUAGGUAUGGGAAGAUAUAAUGAACUUUUAUCCAAUGUUAAUCCAAAUUUAAUUGAGAAUUUAAAGUUAUUCUUAUCAUUGAAGAAAUAA